CGCCUUGACAUCCACUUUUACUUUCAGGCUCUUCGGGAAACGGUUCAACACAGCACUUUGUGUUCGUCAUGAUGCGCGACGCGCUCACCGGUUUGUGCAUUGGGAUUAUACUGUUAUUAAACAGCGGGUUUGUGGUUAUGAGGAGGCAGGACUCGUCUGCAGCUCUCGGCAGUAUUUUCCGUACGAGGUGCGCCGCCAGGUGCCUGAGCCUUCACAGCACGCGCAUCGCUCUCUCUCCAAGACAUUUCCAGAGUAAUGGAUCCCUUGGAUGGUGUCAGAGCCAUAAACAGUGUGCAAAGUGUCUGGAGCCAUGCAAAGUCUCCUGGGAGUUGAAAGACGGACCUUGUCGAGAUUUAUGUGAGCACGCAUUUCCCAAGCGUCAUGGCGAGGGUGUGACGGGCUGUGAGUUCCUGCGAUCAGUGAUGGUGGUGAAACAGGGUGACUGUCCGGCACCAGAAAGAGCCAGCGGGUUUGCAGCUGCCUGCGUGGAGGGAUGUGAGGAAGACGGAGAGUGUUCAGCCCAGAAGAAAUGCUGCCCAAACGGCUGUGGACACACAUGCCAGUCCCCUAAGAACCUUUACAGGGGCGCUCCUCUGAAGCCCAGAAAGGAGCUGGUCUUUGAGGAGCUGGAGUCUGGAGUGUUGGAAGUGUGCUGGUCCUCCAAGUUCAAUGUGUCAGCGGAGCCGGUGCUGAAUGUUCUGCAGAGGAGGUGGAACUACGGCAUCCACCCCAGUGAGGAUGGAGCAACUGAGUGGCAAGUGGUGGCUAGAACAUCAGAAGAGCGUGUGUGGCUGACGGACAUUCGGCCCGGUCGCUGGUACCAGUUCAGAGUGGCAGCAGUCAAUGUUCAUGGAACCAGAGGAUACACCACACCCAGCAGACACUUCAGAUCCUCUAAAGAUCCUGCCCCUCCCUCGGCACCAUCUGAACUUCAUGUCAGUGACAUGACCUUUGUUGCAGAUCGCUCUGUGUCUGUCCGCCUCAGCUGGAGCAUGUCUGCAGAUUUAGACAUCCCUGUUAACUACUACAAACUGUCCUGGAGCUGUUCUGACCAUACUAUACCAUCCAAACUCAAGAGGAGACAGAUUACAAAUGGGGACUCUACCUAUGCUGAGCUGGAUGACUUGAGAGAGAACAGGAGUUACACUGUGGAGUUGCAUGCGGUUUCAUACUGGGGUCAGGUCCCUCUCAAGAGCUCCAAGGCCAUUCUUCAGUUUACUACAAGCCAAAGACAAUCUGAUUUGGAAAGCACAGUCAGCCCGGUCUUUAUAAAACCCCAGUCAGAUCUAUUAGACGUGGGCACUCCGUUCUAUCAAGAUGGUCAGCUUCAGGUCCGGGUCUACUGGAAAAAGAAAGAUCCCACUGUGAAUCGUUACCGUGUGCAGUGGUCUCCGGAAUUCUGCAGUCACAAUGGAUCCAGAACACAGGAGAAGCUCAUUACCCAGGAGAAUUUCGCCAGCCUUCCUGGCCUUCAGUUCUCUUGCAAGUAUAAAGUGAUCAUCCAGCCUGUAGGAUCAAAAGGCAGAGCCCAGGCAGAAAGCACGACCUUCUACACCCCGUCCUGUGUUACUAUCCAGAGCAAGAGUCCCAAACCCAUCCCCUGCUCCACAGUCUCAGCAGUUGUUCCUCCAAAGGUCCUGGUCAAGGCAGAGAACCUGACGGCAGCGUUCUCGGUCUACAUGGGGAACGUGACAGGCCUGUUCUCAUGGGUGGUGGCCAUGCCUCAACCGCCACAGCAGGUCACAGGAUAUCAGGUCACAUGGGCAGAGGUCAUCACAGAGAGCCGCAGAAAUAAUUUGCCCAACAGCCUCAUAUCCCAGUCUCAAAUCCUGCCUCCAGAGCGUAAUAUCUUGGUAGUUUCUGGUCUUCAGUUGGCAUCUCUCUACAGACUUGAGGUGCAGGUUAUCACAACAGGAGGGCAAGGCCCAGCAACCUCCAGAACCUUCCAGACCCCAGCUCACAGCAAGCCAGUCCUGCAUUACAAACCCAGGAUGAAGAAACACCAUCUAAGGGCGGUGAUAGAACGGCACUGAAGACCACACUGCAAUGAAUCAUCCUGGACCAGAACUGACUCCUCAGGAACCAGACGAACCAAAGAACAGUUAAUUGCGAAUCGCGUUUCAGCCUGAGCCAGUCAGCUGCCUCAUGACUCAACAUGAGGACCUGCUGUAAUCUGAAGAUCAAAUUUUGGUUGACGUUACGAUAUUUAAAGCCCCAGUAAUUUCUUGUGGGGGAUCAGCUGCCACAAACUAAUUAGAAUUGAGUAUGCAACAAAGACUAGGGCAUCAAAAGCAAAAGCCAACAAAACAAGUGCAAAUACAAAAAAAAAGAAAAAAAAAAGGAUUUGGAACUGUAACUUUGUGGUUGUAUGCCUAAAAGAAAUGCUUUGAAUUGCACACUCCAUUAAAAAUGGUUACCCACACCCUAAGCACUGCAAAUGGAGCCUCUUUAAUGCAAUAUAGCAUGUAAUGACUAAUUUGGUUUGACUUGUAAAUAAGCCUGACUCAAUACAACUGUUUGUGGUUUUGCAUGUGUUCGUUAAGCAUGGAAUUUUACUGUUUGUAUCGCCAUUGUGUCAAUAGCAACAAAUGAGGAAUCAAUGAAAAAAAUAUUGCAGCUCUUUAAAACGAAAAUGUCAUUUAAGUUUAUGAGGGUUUUGUGUGAUGUGUGCUCAAUAUGCUGUAGAGAUAUGUUUUGCAGUCAUGUAAUUCCUGUAUAUACUGUAUGUUUUUUAUUUAUUUAUGCAAUACAAAUGUGUUAUGUGGAUUUGUAACUGUGUGAAUGCAUGAAUGUGUGUGUAUGUGUGUGCGCCUGUUCCCCCAGCAUCAUUCACAAACUGACAAACCCUUGCAAGGAGAUUUUGUAUAAAUAUAUUUGUAAAUUCCCAUAGAUAAUGA